GUUGAAGUCCAGAAUUCCAGCGAACCGUGCCCCAUCGAGACGCCGUGCGGACCCAAAGAAGAUCCUUGCUCCGCAUCGACUCGGAAGUGGUCGUUCAACCCCAAAAAUCCGCUUCGGCCUUCCGUUGGGAUCCACUUCUCCGAGGAAUGCCUCAAGGCUGCAUUCUCACCUGAUCAGGAGCUGGCAGGCCUGUUGGCCCGGGAGUGGAAUGGUAUGACGACUUGCUGCUGGUCCGACGAGGCCUUGGCGGCCCUCCAGCACCUCACACGUGAUGGGCGAGUGGCGAUCGACGGUGAUGCGAGUGAUGCAGUGGUGCGGUGCGUGGCGCAAGCAGUGAAUAUGAAAAGUCAGUCGCAUGUUGCAUACUGGGAGCAACCCGUGGACAGCGACGUGGAGCACCCGACCAGAAGCCUUCGCCAGAGCUUUUUGGACUUCUUUGCUCAGCUUUUGUCUCACGCACCUCACUGCGCACGCAGCGCCAUUGAUGCACUUUGGGCGGCCGUGGACGGCGCAGCUGCGCGAGGCGAAUCUUCCCGGAAUGCCGUGCAGUUGGAGGCCUUGGAAGCGCUCAAGCUCGCGUGUGCUUGGGAGGAGGUCUACGGCACCCAACAGCUUUUGCCUCGCCUUGCGGCUCCCGAUCCGGUCACUGCCGCUUUGGCCGCCCGUGCUGCGUGCACGGUGGCGACAACUCAUGCUGGAACGUUGGUGGAGGCGGUGGGUGCGCUGAUACAGCUGAAGAAGCUGAGGAGUCCAGAGCUACAGGCUGGGAGAAAGCUCUUGCCAACAGCCUUGGUCGACCUUUCGGAGAUCCUUUUUGUUUUGCUUCCAUGCACCCCAGUCGUCGCGGAGGGCAACGGCCAGGUGUUGGCCGAGAGCUAUGGGCAGCUGGCGCCAGCUGCUCCAAACCCCUUCAUCACGCCACUCCUGCGGGAGCUUCGAGUGGCGCCAGGGAUCCACAAGGUGGAGAUCCUGAAGGUCCUCGAGGCGGUGGCGACCGAUGAACAGAAGAUCGGACAGCUCCUUGAAGCCCUGCGUGGGUUAUUCCAAGAGGCCGAUCUUUGCACGCAUCGCAAGGGGCUUGAGCUUCUUGACAUGGCCGUGGACGUGUUGGAACGGCUCGGGUGCAGCGGGGCGGUGGCGAGCAGCGUGGAGCCCUUGCUGGAGUCCUUGAUACGACGCUGCACUUUGAAGUGCCAUUGGACCUACAGCAGCAUCGAUUUACAGGCCCUUUUUCGCCGCCUGCUGUGGCGCCUGGUGGCCAUAUUGGGAGGCAGCCGAGUGGAGGAUUUGGAGCGCAUCGCUUUGGGCUUCACCAGCGGACAUGCCAAGGUUAGAGAGGAAUCGCAAAAGCUCUUCAGCGAGAUCCCCAAGGCCGGCGAGGCCAUGAAGGAGGUGAAGCGGAUCCUCCUGGACGUCUUGGAUGACGACUUCAACAGCGACGCCUGUUGCAUCGCCCUGCAGCUCUUGGAGAGUGAAAUGCCCGAUCCCGACCUCGAGGACCGGUUGGUGCGCUUGCUGGGACACCCGUCGCCCCUGGUGCGCGCGGCGACCGUGGAGGUCUUAAGAGGUGCAAGUGCCCAUCGCCUGGAGGUCUUGGGUCCGAUUUGCUUGGAGGAUGAGGAGCCCUUUGUGCGGCUGGGCACUUUGAGAGUCCUGGCGGAGCGACUUCCGCAGGAGGAGCUGCUGCCUUUGCUGGCGAAGACUCUGGAAGACCCAGCACCAAGUGUGAUCCACUUCAGUUUGGAGUGUUUCCAAGAGCACGGCCUCCAGCCGCCCGCCUUCGCUCUGCGCCGCGCGGCGCAGCACGUGGAUCCACAGCUGCGGCGCGUCGCCGCGCGCUGGGCCGCCGACGCCGCGACGCCGUGGCCGGAGACGGAUCCGGUGGUGCUGGAGCUGCAGCGGUUCCGCCGAAAAGGGGUGCUGGAGCGGCUUUCCAUUCGACGUUUGGAUGGUGAAGUGCUACUUCUGGAGGUGUCCUCAGACUCGACGCUGCGAGACUUGAAAGAUCGUUUGCGGGAGGUGCAGUUACGGGAGGCGCAGUUUGCCACAGAUGAGGUCACAGUGAGUCUCACCACAGUGGAGUUGCUGCUGCAGGGUGAGGUGCUACAAGACAACAAGGCCACUGUGGCUGAGCUAGGAUUAUCUGAAGAGCAGGAUUUGCAAGUGCUUUAUAGCCUCUUGGAUGCAGCGCUCGACCUGCCGGAAAUAAAAGGGGGAGACUCCACCAUCCCUAAGAGCAAGGUUCGACGCCGAACACCUGCGCCAGGCUUGCAAACCGUGGAGUGUGCGAGCCAAGAAGAAUCCGGCUGUGAGAAGGAAGACUUGCGUGUGGUGGUGGUCCCGGAGGGCUAUAGGUAUGUGACCUGUGAUCCGGGACUUUUGGUGACCUCAGAGAUCUCAACGACUCCUUUGGGUCAGAGGGGUGUCUUUGCGAACUGCCGCUCCUUGACCUCGGUGCUGAUCCCCGACAGCAUCACCACCAUUGAGAAGGCCGUUUUCCGUGGCUGCAGUGCUUUGCGCAGUGUGACGCUUCCGAGCCUGGUCUCCAGCAUUGGGAUUUGCGCCUUUCAGAGCUGCAGCUGCUUAGACCAGGCCACCAUCAACAUCCCGGACUCAGUGGUGGCCAUUGGCCAUAAGGCCUUUGAGAAUUGCCGCUCCUUGGUGAUGUUGACUCUGCCGAACUCCAUCGUCUCUGUGGGUGCCGGAGCCUUCGCCGGCUGCGCACUGGAGAAGGUGAAACACCUGGAGCGCGGUGCCUUCGAAAACUGUGGAGCCUUGACACAGGUCCAGGUGCCACAGACCUUGUCCUGCAGCACCUGGACGCCGCGAAGACCGAGCGCGAUGAAGACGGCGAUUCGAGUCCUCGUCCUCGUGUCGAGUACUUUGAAGGAUGCGGGGCUUGUGAUCUUGUCCUUGGAGUGCAUUGAUGUGGACGCGGUGAACGUGAUGUUCAUCACAAUCGUGACGAUGUGCCUUCCCCUUGCCUGGGCCGGAGAUCAUUUUCUGCAGAAGAGGGCCGAAGAUUGUGAUGUGACAGGGCACUUUAGCUGCAAUACCACGGUCUUUGAUGAAAUGGGCGAGAUCACCUUCUAUCCCAAUGAGAAGGACGAGGUGACGUUGAUCAAGAACAACUACGCAAAGUUCAUGCGGGUUGGCCUUCACUAUGGGGUUGACAACCAUGAAAUUCAACAUUGCGCAAAAGUGCCCUCACCACACCUCACCUACCGCUGUGCCAUUGUCGAGACUGUAGGGCAAGAUCCCAACGCUCGCUUCCACGAUGCCUUCACAGACUAUGUCUUCAAUGACGAUUGCAGCGCUUUUACCAAGGUGGGGACACAUUUGUCGAACACCGCUGUGGUGAAUGUGGAAUGCUUCCUGGCGUGCACCGGUGAUAGUGCUUUGGUGGUGAUGAUGUUGGUCACCACCUUCUUCAUGUGCAUCAUCACCUAUAGCUUUAACACUCCUGAGCGCUACGACUACAUCCGUGUGUCUUUGCUGCCCGUGCGUGUUGCUGUAUCCGUGGGCAUUGCACUGCAAUCGAACCAGCUCUCGCAGUACAUCUCCGUGUUGGCAGACAUAAUCCGCGAGCUCGGCUGCGUGGUGGGUGGUUUUCUCGAUCGGCCUUCGACUGAGAUCUUUUCCUAUCUGAGCAUUUUCGUUCUGGUGAUCGACUUUAUCUUGGGAGACUUGUUUUGGCAGCUGAGCAGACUGGAGGGUGGAGUCACCGUUUUGCUCGGUCUUGAGGUCUUGGACAUACUUCCCGCACGGGUCUUCCUCUGUGCCCGGGAGGGCGCCGCCCACCUGGAUGACGUCCUGGGGCACCGCAUCGGCAUCACCACCGAGGUCAUCGGCUGUGCUUGGGAUAGCCGUUAUUCGCUCAUUGCAGAUUUGAAGUGCCCCAGAUGCAAGAUGAACAGUGGCUUGAUUUGCGAGCUGCGGCGACCACGCAUGGAAGAGCUUCAAGCUUUGGUUCAGGAGAAGAUUGGCCUCCACAAAUCUGCAGGGAUGUGGGAUGACUUCCAGGAGAACCAGGAGGACUAUGGCUUCCUCUCCGUGAAGUGUUUCUCCACCGAUCGGCCCAACUUCGCUGCGCUGGAGCAGGCGGGGGAGGGGUGGCACCAACGAACCGAAGCCAUAUGGUGA